AUGGCUCUGGCCCCUGCAGAGGUGGAGCCUCAACCGUUGGGACGCCGGCCCCACGACAGGCGGGCUCGAACCCCUCACCGCGGGGGGGCCUCGAAACCCCCAAGGGGCGGCCUCAAACCCCCCACCAGGGGCGGCCUCGAAGCUCCCCAGAGGGGGCCAAGAAACCACCCCUCCAGGGACGGCCUCGAAGCUCCCCAGAGGCAGCCUCGAAAUCACCCCUCCAGGGGUGGCCUCGAAACCCCUCCAGGGGCGGCCUCGAAACCACCCCUCCAAGGGCGGCCUCGAAGCUCCCCAGGGGCAGCCUCGAAACCACCCCUCCAGGGGCAGCCUCGAAACCACCCCUCCAGGGGCGGCCUCGAAGCUCCCCAGGGGCGGCCUCGAAACCACCCCUCCAGGGGCGGCCUCGAAGCUCCUCAGGGGCAGCCUCGAAACCACCCCUCCAGGGGCGGCCUCGAAACCCCUCCAGGGGCGGCCUCGAAGCUCCUCAGGGGCAGCCUCGAAACCACCCCUCCAGGGGCGGCCUCGAAGCUCUCCAGGGGCGGCCUCGAAACCCCUCCAGGGGCGGCCUCGAAACCACCCCUCCAGGGGCGGCCUCGAAACUCCCCAGAGGCGGCCUCGAAGCUCCCCAGGGGCAUCCUCGAAACCACCCCUCCAGGGACGGCCUCGAAGCUCCUCAGGGGCGGCCUCUAA